CACCUGUUUGUCAGGUAGGAGAGUCCGCAGCGCAACGGAGACACUGAGUCACGAGAAAAGAGACUAUGGACGGAAUUGUACUGAAACUUUGACGUAGCUGGGACUUUUUUUUUUUUUUAAUAUCGUCACACGAGUGAACCCGUUUUUCAUAUCUAAAAUGCAUCGACUGAGCCACAGGAAUAGCGCUCUGAACGUGGUUUUGCUGCUGUAUUUGGUCGGUUGUUUAGCCCCUUCCCUAGUCUCCUCCAUCACAGUGAAUUCUCCAGCAGAGAUCCAUGCAUCCAAAGGGGACACCGUCACCUUGUCCUGCACUUUCACCUCCACCAGUAGACCGACCAGUAAGAUGACCGUGGACUGGUCAUACAGGCCCCAGAGUGGAGGAACACCACAUGCAUUUUUCCACUUCUCCUCACAGUCGUUCCCUCCUCAUACGGGUCAGUUCGCUGGUCGUAUCCGGUGGUCAGGAAUCCCUGCGCGUGGGGAAGCCUCCAUCUCUCUGAUCAACGCCACUCUGAGUGAUAACGGGACAUACACAUGCUCUGUCAGAAAUCCUCCCGAUGUCCACGGUGCCACCACUUCACACACUGUACUCACUGUCACUCCAAAGGCGGCCAGCAUUCGCUUCUCUGAUAUUGCGGUCCUGCUCGCUUUCAUCCUCCUCCCCUCCGCUAUCAUCACCCUUGUUCUCAUUGGACGGAUACUCUGUCCCAAGAAACAACGGAGCCAAUCGAAAUCCUACAGAUCACCCAUAGAGGUCACGGAGGGGGAGGAGUACAGCAUCAAUCCACAAGAGGCUGGAGAAAGCAGGAUCACAUGCUGUGACCUAUGUCUGAUGGACUCAGACGGUGAGGAUGAGUACUACAGCAUAAAAAAGAGGCCUCCUAUGGAUGAAGACUAUGCUGAGUCUCAGUUCUAGAGAACCCUGCUGGUUGGGAAGAGUAACUGCAGUAUAUGGACCCACUGGUGCCUUUUUUUAAUGAAAGGUACUGAACAGAAAUCAAUGCUGGAUUCAUAUCUUCUGUGCCACAGUCAACCGCUUACCCAGUCACUUGGGUGAUGAUUACUUUUCAUGGUGACCGCUUUGGAAGACACAUGAAGAGAUGUAUUUUUUUUAAUAUCUCUCCAGCAUUAUGAAAUAUGUCAAUAAAGAUUUGGCUUUUGUCUAGAAUCUCCUAAAGUCUCCAAGCCCUCUCAACAACAAGUUGACUGUUUUUUUUUAAUACCAGUGAGCUGAGAUACUUUCUGUUUACUUUGUCUGGAAAGGUCCACAGCUGAUUCUGUUAACAGACCCUAUAAACACAAACACACAGAUUAGCAGUAUAUAUUUUAUAUCUUAAACAUUUAUAUGUGUGUCAGUGUAAAAUUUCCUCUUGUGAAGGAGAUAGAUAUGUUUUGUCUAAUUUAUUGCCUGAGCUGUUGAUACCUUUGUUUACCUGUAGUGGAGCAUUUCUGUCAUAUCUUUAAUAUUUGAACAUAAAAAACACAAUGGUUUGAUUUUGAAUGUGGAUGUGACCACUGUAUAGUGUUUAUACUAUACAUUAUAUUUGCAGUAUCCUUAGUCCCCUGCAUAUUACUAUAGGAUGUCAUGAUUUCAACAUCUCCAACUCCCUGCUUGUUGUACUUUGGUGAUGUCUGAGUUUGGAUGUCAUCUCUUGUGGAUGUAGAUAUUUGAUAUGACAUGAACUGAAUUUUGGUUAUGGAUGUACAGCUUUCUUUUGCUGAUAAAAAUUUUAGCAACAUUUUUGCUUAAAUAAAUUGUUAAUGAGCAGAUUGGUUUUUGAUUUGUGAGGAAUUGAACAUGACUUGUUACAAAGAUGCUUUCAUCCACAGAAUGUGUUUAAUUAAAUCGAUGCAUCUUCUAUAACAGAGACAAUUUGUGAUCUGAGAGCAUACGGCCACCAUUUCUUCUUCUGCUCUUGCUUUGUUUAGUCUGUUGCACUAUUCAUGAAUGAGUCUCUUCCACUAUUCAUGAACGUUCUUCAAUAUUCCUUUAAAAAACUGUCCUGAAGGACAGGCAGGGGUCUCUGAGAUUCACUCGCAAAUUGCGGCAGCAUCUGUCUCAUCUAUGCAGUUGUGGGACUUCAGUGUCAUGAAAGCAUCUAAUGAAAAUAACCUUGCUAAUAAAACACACAGAAAGCUAUAAGUCUGUAUUCUGUCCCAUUUUGUUUCUAUUUCUCAUUCAGCUCAUUCAUGCCCUCUAGGUUUUAAUAAUUCACACACUGCUAUGGUGAAACAAUUAUCAUUCCCGCUUCAUCUGA